AAUCGUUAAAUUGAUAGUUUAAGCAUAUUUCGAUAAACAAUUUAAAUUAUCAGAAUGAUCAAGUGCAUCCAAAAGAAGACCGUUCUCAAUCCGGUACGUCGAAUGGCAACAUUUCACUCGAACUUUGCCUGCUCGAUGAUAAACGGAUAUCGCAGCUAUUAUGAUGUGCUCAAUGUGUCCACCAACUCCACUGAAUCAGAGAUUAAAAGUGCAUUCAUCGAGCUAUCCAAGAAAUAUCAUCCCGAUGCCAAUAUCCACACGCGAGAUUCGGAAGAGUUUGUGCGGGUGUGCGAGGCCUACAAGAUACUCCACAAGCGUGCCUCACGCGAACACUACAACAGGCGACUGAGGACACGCUUCUAUAUGGUGCAGCCGGUGGACAUUAGCUAUACGAACAAGAAUGUGCACAGGGCCUGGGUCAAGUAUCAGGCAUCGAUGCGUCACAAACAAUUUGGACACGAUGUGCCCAGUUUCGGUGGCGCAACCAUUCUGCACAAAAAGCCACUGGUGAUCAAGGCGGCCGCUCCGUAUCCUAUGACAACAACUAUGAGUGAUUGCGAAGCCGAAGCCGGCGAUGUGAUUCGAAUGCCAUUUUCGUUUAAUGGUUCCCAUCACAAAUGGAUGUACGCUGGCUAUAUGACAGGCUUCAGCUUAGUCGGAAUACUUCUUGCGCUCGAUGCAUUAAGGAAGGCGCAUAAAAAAUCGAAAUGUAACUCAGUCUUGUAAUUAUUUAUUUGUAGUCUUUGUACAAAAUUGUAUGUGUGCGUAUGUAC